UUGAAAAGGAGAGGAUCAGAUUAUGAAGCAUUGAAAAAGAAACAUUUCCAGCAGAAAGUUUGUGUGAAUGCCAUUUGUAAGGCUGUCACUGAUAACGGAAUCGAGGUGAGAGUGGUGAGUCGAGAAGGAUAUAACGACGAAGCGGUUCGAUGGGCAGAUGCCGUCUUCUCGGCUGGUGGUGAUGGAACCUUUCUGAUAGCGGCCGCAAAAAUCAAUGAUCAAAAGCCUGUUAUUGGAUUCAAUACCGAUCCACACGGUUCCGAGGGAUAUUUGUGCAUCACACGAAAAUCGAAUUGUCCUGUACGUGAUGUUAUCGAUAAACUUCUCAGAGGUGAAUUCAGCUGGAUGUGGCGACAACGAAUUCGUGUAACGGUUCUCAAAUGGGUGGAAGAUAGCAAUUGUGGUUCUGAAGCUGAAGAUGAAUUGUCCGAGAAAAGUGACAAAUUGAGGAAAGCGAGGUUAUUCCGUUCGGAUUCAUUCGACCCAGAAGUACCGGUGCUAGCGUUAAACGACGUUUUCAUUGGUGAAAGUCAUGCGGCACGAGUGAGUUAUUACGACGUUCAAAUAGACGAUGGACCGAUGUUGCGUCAAAAGAGUUCUGGAUUGACUGUGUCGACGGGAACUGGAUCAACUUCAUGGAAUUACAACAUCAAUCGUGUAUCCGAGCAACACAUCAACGAUAUAUUAGCCAUUAUGAAGCCAAUGGGUCUUUUACGCGCUGAACCAACGGCUGAAAUAACAGACGAAAUUUGUAGGCGAUUCAAUGAAAAAUUAACUUUCGAUCCAAACUCGUCGAAGUUAUCAUUCACGGUACGUGAUCCAGUUUUCAACGCAACAUUCCCGUCGAUGGCGCCACGAGGGUAUGCGUCUCGUAUUCGUGUACGGUCUCGUUGCAGUGAUGCGCACUUGGUGUUGGAUGGCGGUGUUUGUAUACCGUUCAAUUAUGGCACUGAAAUUGUUCUUGAAACGCAUAAAGAAGAUGCGCUACGUUCUGUCAUGUUCUUAUAG